GAGCCGGUUUCGUCUCGAGGAGACACGGCCGAGUAGUUUAAUCCCGCUGGCCCUAAUCCCCCACGCAUCCUUCCCCCCUCCUUAUAAGCAAACCCAUCCCGCUGCGCUCUUUGCAUUGCACUCCAAGGUCCGCAUAAGCUCUCUGAUCACCAAAAAUUCGCAGAGAUUCACAUUCAUCCGAUCAAAAAUUCCAGAUAUAUACUGUAUGAGCAUGACGGGGUUCGGGUCGCCGUGCGGGGCGUGCAAGUUCCUGCGGCGCAAGUGCGCGCGCGGCUGCGUGUUCGCGCCCUACUUCUGCCACGAGCAAGGCGCGGCGCACUUCGCGGCGAUCCACAAGGUGUUCGGCGCCAGCAACGUGUCCAAGCUGCUGGCGCACCUGCCGCUGGCGGACCGGGCCGAGGCCGCCGUCACGGUCUCCUACGAGGCCCAGGCCAGGCUCCGGGACCCCGUCUACGGCUGCGUCGCGCACAUCUUCGCGCUCCAGCAGCAGGUCAUGACGCUCCAGGCCCAGCUCGCAUCCUUCAAGCAGCACGCCGCCCACGCCCAGCACCAGCAAGCGGCGGCAGCCAUGGCGCAGGAGGACGCGUCCUGUUAUUCCUAUCCAUGGUGCAACGGCAACGAUGUGGCUGCCGCGGCUGCAGGAGGAGGGUUCGCGGGCGGCGGCAAUGGCGUUUACGGUGGCAACAAUGGCGUCGCCGGCGCCGGGCACGACGAAUCGGCCAUGUCCGUGAGCGAGAUGCUGCUGGGCGGGUCGGCGGCGGCCUCGGACUACUACUACGCGGCGCUCGAGCAAGACGGGCAUGUUGCGGCGGAGUCGUCGGCGUUCGGGGCGGAGGAGAGCGGCGGGUGGAGGUCGUCUUCGUCCACGUCGGGGUACCAAGACUGCGAGGACCUGCAGAGUGUCGCUUAUGCUUACCUUAAUCGCUCGUAAGAACUCACUAGCUAAUUAAGAACCUGCUGCUACUACUGCUAGUGCAGUGCAGAUCAUAUCACAAGAUAUAUGUAGACACAUAUAUAUCCCUGGAUUCCUGAUCAGGUUUUGGACCUUGAGUUUGGGUAAUAUAUGUGCAAUUUUUAAAGUCUCAGUCCUCGAUCUAUCAGAGUAUUUAUCUGCUAGUAAUAAUCCAGAAGGGGAUAUGUGAAAGUUCUUUGAUAUAUCUACAUAUAUAGCAUCACUGUAGAAACCUAAUUUGGUAGACACCAAAAAUGCUUCUUUUGGCAUGAUCA